UCUCCCCACACUCCCUCUACUGCUCUUCCAUCCAAGGAAUGCACUUUCUGGAGGACCAGCAGCCAGGGUGGAACUUGUGACGGGAAAUGGAAAUGGCACCCAAGAAGGCAAGGUUCCUUGCAGUGCUGUGAACAGCAGCAAGGUAUCUGUCCAAUAGGCCAGACUAGCAUCACUGAGGAGGACAAGCAAGUGAACUCAUGGUUUCCAGUGGGGGCCCCUUGGAAUAGAAGAGAAGACCUCUGUCCUAGAAGACAAGCAAGACUGAGCUGCAAAGAGACUAAUCAAGUCAAGAAGACCCCAGAGACCUCAGCUUCAUUUCUGAGCAGCAGCCUAUCAGCACCCCUCUCUCAGAACAGAAUUCUUUCUGAAGAAGAAUGAGAAGAUGGAAUUCCCCCUUGGGUCCCUGGAAACUACCAACUUUCGUCAAUUCACUCCCGAGUCCCUGUUGGAGAUUGAAAAGCGAAUUGCUGCCAAGAAGGGAACAAAGAAAGUAAAACAGAAGCGCAGGGAGCUAAAGAACAAAGAAGAGAAACCUCGGCCCCAACUGGACUUGAAAGCCUGCAACCAGCUGCCCAAGUUCUAUGGUGAGCUCCCAGCAGAACUGGUUGGGGAGCCCCUGGAGGACCUGGACCCCUUCUACAGCACAUACCGGACAUUCAUGGUACUGAACAAAGGGAGGACCAUUUCCCGAUUUAGUGCUACUCGGGCCUUGUGGUUGUUAAGUCCUUUCAACCCGAUCAGAAGAACAGCCAUCAAAGUGUCAGUCCAUUCAUGGUUUAGUAUAUUCAUCACAGUCACUAUUUUGAUCAAUUGUGUGUACAUGACACAGAGUGACAUGCCAGAGAAAAUCGAAUAUGUCUUCACUGGCAUUUACACCUUUGAAGCCUUGAUAAAGAUACUGGCGAGAGGAUUUUGUCUGAAUGAGUUCACUUACCUGCGAGAUCCUUGGAACUGGCUGGAUUUCAGUGUCAUUACCCUGGCAUAUGUUGGUGAAGCAACAGAUCUCCGAGGGAUCUCAGGCCUGCGGACGUUCAGAGUUCUCAGAGCUUUAAAGACAGUUUCUGUGAUCCCUGGAUUGAAGGUCAUCGUGGGGGCCCUCAUCCACUCAGUGAGGAAGCUGGCUGAUGUGACCAUCCUCACCAUCUUCUGCCUGAGUGUGUUUGCCUUGGUGGGGCUGCAGCUCUUCAAGGGAAACCUCAAGAACAAAUGUGUCCGGAAUUGCACAGCUCUCAACAAGACAGCCAAUUUCUCUUAUGGAACACUUGAGUGGAAUUUCUGCCAUAAGGACAAAGACUUCUACAUAAAGCCAGGCACUACUGACCCCUUACUGUGCGGUAAUGGAUCUGAUUCAGGACACUGCCCUGAAGGUUAUUUCUGCUUGAAAACAUUUGACAACCCGGAUUUUAACUACACCAGCUUUGAUUCCUUCUCCUGGGCUUUUCUGUCACUAUUCCGCCUCAUGACACAGGAUUCCUGGGAACGCCUCUACCAGCAGACCCUGAGGGCUUCUGGAAAAAUCUAUAUGGUCUUUUUUGUGCUUGUCAUCUUCCUGGGAUCCUUCUACCUGGUCAAUUUGAUCUUGGCUGUGGUCACCAUGGCAUAUGAAGAACAGAACCAGGCAACGAUUGAUGAAAUUGAAGCAAAGGAGAAGAAGUUCCAAGAGGCCCUUGAGAUGCUCCGGAAGGAGCAGGAGAUGCUGGAAGCACUGGGGAUUGAUACAGCUUCUCUCCACUCCCACAAUGGGUCACCUCCAGUCUUCAAAUCUGCCAGUGAGAGAAGGCACAAGAUGAAGCCAAAGAUGUCAGAGGGCUCCACAGAUGACAACAAGUCACCCCAAUCUGAGCCUUAUAAUCAGCGCAGAAUGUCUUUCCUAGGUCUUACCUCUGGGAGACGGCGGGCUAGCCAUGGCAGCGUUUUCCUUUUCCGGGCCCCUGGCCGGGAUGUCUCCUUCCCUGAGGUGGUCACAGAUGAUGGAAUCUGUCCUGGAGACCAUGAAAACCACCGGAGCUCCCUGCUGCUGGGUGGAGGUGCUGGUCAGCAAGGCCCCCUCCCUAAGAGUCAACCCCCCAAUCCUGGCUUGGGAUAUGGAGAAAAUGGACACCCCACAUUGCCAACUAGUGAGCUUGGCUCUGGAGCUAUCGAAGUGUCGCAGCCUUUUGACGCAGGACAGAAGAAGACUUUCUUAUCAGCAGAAUACUUGAAUGAGCCUUUCCGAAUCAAACGGGCGAUGAGUGUGGUCAGUAUCAUGACUUCCGUCCUCGAGGAACUCGAGGAGUCUGAGCAGAGGUGCCCACCCUGCUUGACCAGCUUGGCUCAGAAGUAUCUGAUCUGGGAGUGCAGCCCCACAUGGAUGAAGCUCAAGAUGAUUUUCUUUGGGAUUGUGACAGACCCCUUUGCAGAACUCACCAUCACUUUGUGCAUCGUGGUGAACACACUCUUCAUGGCCAUGGAACACCAUGGAAUGAGCUAUACCUUCGAUACCAUGCUUCAGAUAGGCAACAUCGUCUUCACUGUAUUUUUUACUGCUGAAAUGGUUUUCAAAAUCAUUGCCUUCGACCCCUACUACUAUUUCCAGAAGAAGUGGAAUAUCUUUGACUGCAUCAUUGUCACUGUGAGCCUGGUGGAGCUGGGGAUGGCCAAGAAGGGUAGCCUGUCAGUGCUGCGGACCUUCCGCUUGCUGCGGGUGUUCAAGCUGGCCAAAUCCUGGCCAACCUUAAACACACUCAUCAAGAUCAUUGGAAACUCCGUGGGGGCGCUGGGGAACCUGACCUUCAUCCUGGCCAUCAUUGUCUUUAUCUUCGCUCUGGUUGGCAAGCAGCUCCUUGGGGAAAGUUACCUGAAGGAACGGUGCCUGACCGCCAACAACUCUGUCCCCACAGAAGACUGCCCCCGCUGGCACAUGCACGACUUUUUCCACUCCUUCCUUGUCAUCUUCCGGAUCCUCUGUGGAGAGUGGAUUGAGAACAUGUGGGUCUGCAUGCAAGUGGGCCAGAAAUCCAUAUGCCUCAUCCUUUUCUUGACAGUGAUGGUGCUGGGGAAUCUGGUGGUGCUCAACCUGUUCAUCGCCCUGCUGCUGAACUCCUUCAGUGCCGACAACCUCACAGCCCCAGAGGAAGAUGGGGAGGUGAACAACCUGCAGGUGGCGCUGGCCAGGAUUCAGGCAUUUGGCUGUCGCACCAAGAAGGCCAUUCACAGCUUCUUCAGUAGGUCCUGCCUGCUUCCCAGGCCUAAGGCGGAGCCCCACCUGGUGGUGAAACUCCCCCUCUCCAACGCCAAAGCUGAGAACCACAUUGCUGUUGAUGUGACUGCGGGGAGCCCGGGACAGCUCCUGGCCCCCAGAGACCCCAGGGAAGACCAUGCUGACUUUAUUACCAAUCCUAAUGUGUGGGUCUCGGUGCCCAUCGCAGAGGGCGAAUCUGACCUGGAUGACUUGGAGGAGGAUGGGGAGGAGGAUGCUGAGAGCUCCAAACAGGAAGUGAUCCCCCCAGGACAGGAGCAGCUGCAGCAAGUCCAGCAGUGUGAGGACCCCCUGGAGCCCAGAAGCCCCAGCUCUGUGACGUCCUCUGAGGAUCUGGCUCCUUACCCAGAUGGGAAGUGGAAAGCUGAGGCUGCCACUCAGGCCCCUGCAGAGGCAGUGGACGACACAAGCUCCUCCGAAGGCAGCACAGUGGACUGCCUGGACCCCGAGGAGAUCCUGAAGAAGAUCCCUGAGCUGGCAGAUGACCUCGAAGAACCAGAUGACUGCUUUGCAGAAGGCUGCGUUCACCACUGUCCCUGGUGCAGAGUGGACACCACCAAGUUCCCAUGGGCCACGGGCUGGCAGGUGCGCAAAACCUGCUACCGCAUCGUGGAGCACAGCUGGUUUGAGAGCUUCAUCAUCUUCAUGAUCCUGCUCAGCAGUGGGUCUCUGGCUUUUGAAGACUGUUACCUUGACCAGAAGCCCACAGUGAAGGCCUUGCUGGAGUACACUGACAGGGUGUUCACGUUUGUCUUUGUCUUCGAGAUGUUGCUCAAGUGGGUGGCCUAUGGCUUCAAAAGUUACUUCACAAAUGCCUGGUGCUGGCUGGACUUCCUCAUCGUGAAUAUCUCACUGACAAGCCUCAUAGCGAAGAUCCUGCAGUACUCUGACAUGGAAUCCAUCAAAGCCCUUCGGACCCUGCGCGCGCUGAGGCCACUGCGGGCUCUGUCUCGAUUUGAAGGCAUGCGGGUGGUCGUGGACGCCCUGGUGGGCGCCAUCCCGUCCAUCAUGAACGUCCUCCUCGUCUGCCUCAUCUUCUGGCUCAUCUUCAGCAUCAUGGGCGUGAACCUCUUUGCAGGGAAGUUUUGGAGGUGCAUCAACAACACCAAUGGAGACUUUGCUCUUGUGCAUUGGCUUAUUGUGGAUAACAAGUCUGAAUGUUUAAAUAAUAACUACACUGGCAGCUUCUUCUGGGUCAAUGUGAAGGUCAACUUUGAUAAUGUUGCAAUGGGUUACCUUGCACUUCUGCAGGUGGCAACCUUUAAAGGCUGGAUGGACAUCAUGUAUGCAGCCGUCGACUCCCGAGAUGUGGACUUGCAGCCCAAGUGGGAGGACAACUUGUACAUGUACUUGUACUUCGUCAUCUUCAUCAUUUUCGGUGGCUUCUUCACCCUGAACCUCUUUGUUGGGGUCAUCAUCGACAACUUCAAUCAGCAGAAAAAAAAGUUAGGGGGCCAGGACAUCUUCAUGACAGAGGAGCAGAAGAAAUACUACAAUGCCAUGAAGAAGCUGGGCUCCAAGAAGCCUCAGAAGCCCAUCCCACGCCCCCUGAACAAGUACCAGGGCUUCGUCUUUGACAUAGUGACCAGACAAGCUUUCGACAUCGUCAUCAUGGUUCUCAUUUGCCUCAACAUGGUCACCAUGAUGGUGGAGACUGAUGUACAGAGUGAAGAGAAGACAAAAGUCCUUAACAGAAUCAACCAGUUCUUUGUGGCUGUCUUCACAGCGGAGUGUGUACUGAAGAUGUUUGCCCUGAGGCAGUACUACUUCACCAACGGCUGGAACGUGUUUGACUUCAUUGUUGUGAUCCUCUCCAUUGGGAGCCUGGUGUUUUCUGCAAUUCUUAAGUCACUGGAAAAUUACUUCUCUCCGACACUCUUCAGAGUCAUCCGCCUGGCUCGCAUUGGCCGCAUCCUCAGACUGAUCCGAGCAGCCAAGGGGAUCCGCACACUGCUCUUUGCCCUCAUGAUGUCCCUGCCGGCCCUCUUCAACAUCGGGCUGCUGCUCUUCCUCGUCAUGUUCAUCUACUCCAUCUUCGGCAUGGCCAGUUUCGCCCAUGUAAGGGCAGAGGCUGGCAUUGAUGACAUGUUCAACUUCCAGACCUUCGCCAACAGCAUGCUGUGUCUCUUCCAGAUCACCACGUCGGCUGGCUGGGAUGGCCUCCUCAGCCCCAUCCUCAACACAGGGCCCCCCUAUUGCGACCCCGACCUGCCCAACAGCAAUGGCACAAAAGGGAACUGUGGGAGCCCAGCUGUGGGCAUCCUCUUCUUCACCACCUACAUCAUCAUCUCCUUCCUCAUCGUGGUCAACAUGUAUAUCGCAGUGAUUCUGGAGAACUUCAAUGUGGCCACAGAGGAGAGCACUGAGCCUCUGAGUGAGGAUGAUUUUGACAUGUUCUAUGAGACCUGGGAGAAGUUUGACCCAGAAGCCACCCAGUUUAUUACCUUUUCUGCCCUCUCAGACUUUGCAGACACCCUCACUGGUCCCCUGAGGAUCCCAAAACCCAAUCGGAAUGUGUUGAUCCAAAUGGACCUGCCCUUGGUGCCCGGAGAUAAGAUUCACUGUUUGGACAUCCUUUUUGCCUUCACCAGGAAUGUUCUGGGAGAAUCUGGGGAGUUGGACUCUCUGAAGGCAAAUAUGGAGGAGAAAUUUAUGGCAACUAAUCUUUCAAAAGCAUCCUAUGAGCCAAUAGCAACCACGCUUCGAUGGAAACAAGAAGACGUUUCAGCCACUGUGAUUCAAAAAGCCUAUCGGAGCUACAUGCUGCACCGCUCCAUAACAGCCUCUGAUCCCCCAGGCAUUCCCAGGGCUGAGGAGGAGGCUGAAUCUCCCACGGAUGAAGCCUUUGUUGCAUUCAUGGCAAAUGAAAAUGGUGUGCUCCCAGGAAAAUCUGCAACCGCUUCUGCUACAUCUUUCCCCCCCUCUUAUGAUAGUGUCACGAAAGGCCUGAGUGAUCAAGUCGACAUGAACACCUCUGGCUUGAUACAGAACCAGGAUGAAGAUACCAGUAAGAAAGCAGCUGCCCCUGGGUCCCAGUGAGGACAUUUCAGCAUGUACAGAUCCAGUUCUGGUGUGACCUUCUCCUCCAUAAUAACCCUUUCCCAGGACAGGUAGCAACCAGCUACCGCCUCAUCAAUGCAUGCCACUGGUCACAAUGGAACUGGGCAGACAGCACUGGUACCCACCUUUGGAGAGGCCCCACGACACUGACAGGAGUCAGAAACCGAGGGCAGAGCCAUGGUGACUUCCCGUUUGUGUUUCAGUAUCAGUUGACAGGUCCCCUGACCUCCAGAACAUGUCCUGGUCCUUUCAUAUUGACUUUGACCAGAGUUUUCAUUUACCGAGACAAACUUCUCGGCACUGCAACUUCCAAAGAUAUAUAGCAAGGAUGUUGCUAAAGGCUCAAGGUAGUCCUCUGUGAAACGCCAUGUGGAGACUGGUUAGUGUAACUUAGGAUUUUGCAUGGCUGCAUGUUGUGAGCUGCCAGACAAUUGCUCCUUUCUGGGGUCAUGCCUGUGGUCUGUGUCAUGCAAGGCCUUUGAGGUAUUCAUUAAAAUUAAUAUUUUUAAAGUUAUAUCAAGACCAAUGUUAUAUCUUAAAGCACUGUAUUUAAAAAUUAUGUGAUAUUGACAUAUAUUGUAAAUCACUUCUUCACUUUCAGGAUUCCUGAUGUUUUGAAGUUUGAGCUUGCAGCUGAGUAGGGCAUGGGGUGUUGUCUAGGAGCUUGUUCUAAUCCUAAAAUCCUAAAUCCUAUUGAUUGGCUAGCCUUUUCCAAGCUUGGUCAAGCUUUUUCCCCUCUGAUCCUUGGUGUCCCUAUUUGUAAAAUGGGAGGGGGGGUUAGGAGGGUGGGAGACACAGAGAUAUUCUUCAUAGCCCUUGCAUCUCUUGUAGAAUUCAGUGGUGCCCCGUCCCAGCUUAGAGGAGAGAUGCCUCUCCCUUUUGAAGCUGCAAUGGCCUAACUAUUUUUCUGUGCAGCUAAAGAGAUAGCUAUUCGGUACAUUCAAGAACCCUUUUCACAUAUCAUAAUCUUUAAGGAUAAAGGUUUUCACAUUCCUACUUGGACCAGGACUCUAAAACUAAUAUAAUCAAAAGAAAAGGGCUAUUUUGAAAAAGAUGUUCUGAAAGAUAAAAGUUAUGAACAAUAUUUUAUUUAAUUCAUUCCACAACCAUUAUUAAGUAUCUAUUUUAUGACAGGCACUGCUGUAAGUCCAAGGGAUAAUGGGAGUUAAGCCCCAAAGGGUUAAUUGGGCUUAUGUGAUGAAUGAAGCUAAGGUUGUCAGAGAAUUUUCAAACCAAAGGCACUUAUGAUGAGGCAGGACUUAUGAUGAGGAAUUUGUAUGAUAACAUAGGACAUAUUCGGUGACACACUGUAUAGUCCUGAUGGCAGUCAUCUUCUUCUAAUUCUUGGGACAGCCCCUGCUACAAUCACCAUGAUCAGGUAAAUUUUUUGAUACCUAUUUGAUCAUUUACAAGAGUUUACAUUUAUACAAUUAUAAAGCGUAGAGGCUAAUACUUUCUAUGCCUCAUGAUACAGGUCUUCUGGGGUCUUACUAUUCUUUUUCUAUUGCUGUUGACUCACCAGGGAUCAAAGGAGUCUUUCAAGAAAUGUGUUGGGAGUUGCUAACACCCACAAAUGUAGUUAAUAAGACAAUGAUGGAAUUUCUGAGCAUGCAGGCUAUCCCAGUACAAAUGAGUUGUUCUCUAGAUGCCUGGUUUGUGUCUUAAAGAUGUGUCAGACAAAAUAAUUUUUCCUUCCUAGCCCCACUAAGCAGAUAUUGACUGCACAGCUUCCUCAACAUCUAAAUUCCAUGCAGUCAAUGAAAAUGCUAUCUGAGAGAAAGCCAGCCCAAGUGUUUAUAAGACAGCUGGGUGGAGAGAGAAUUUUAGGGCACUGGCUUAUCAUUAGCAGAGUGAAAAGGCAAACUGUAAAGUUGAAGCUGAUAUUUGAAGUACUUUUACACUGUUAUCUUUAAUAAAUAAAUGGACCCAAACAACAGACCAGUUUUAUAAAGUAGAUGAUAUUCUUAAAGAUAUUCUUAUUACAUUUUCUCCUUGUUUUGAAUCAAGUGGUAUCCCCAAAGAGCUAUAUUGAAGGCCUAAUCAUGUCAUCUGUGAAUGUGAUCUUAUUUGGAAAUAGAGGCUUUGAUAUGCUUA